AUGCGAACGUUGGACGGCGUGGGCGGAACGAGGCUACCCAACGGAACUCCAGGGGCAGCAGGAGUUGACAACGGCGGCGGUGGUGGUGGGAUUAAGCUGGCGCUCUCGCUACAGCGCGGCGGCGGAAGCAACAGCAGGAGCAUUAUCGACGGGACCAUUAUCGUUGGAACCCAAGAAAUUAGUCAGCAGGAGUCCAACAACACAACAGCAACCGCAGGGCGCGCGCCUCUCCACCUCAAGCGCGACCCUAACCUGGCGCCCCCGGAAGGGAACGGGUCACCGGGCUCCGGCACGCCUCCCACGGACACGGGCGGAGACCCCUGUCCCAGCUGCGCGUCCUCUCACGCUCCGCAUUUCUCGUCUCCGGAGACCGUGGGAGCAGCUGCGCUGGCGGCCGUCGACUCGAGCGGUCUCUGCCGUUGCGGGGACAAGGCCCGAGGCGGUCACACGGGCGGGAACCCGGUCGCCUCCGCCGACGCCGUCGCCGUCGAUUCCGCCUCCGGUGGCAGCAGCGCCAUCGGGAGCGGCUACCCUGGGCACCACCACCACCACCACCACCAGGUGGCGAGCCUCAUGGUGGCGACGGAGUCGGGAGUGGGCAGCGGAGAGGCGGACGCGGCGACGGUGGUGGGGGCGCCGUCGAUGCCACUUCAGCGGUACGUGGACCCACGGCAGGCCUCCCUCGGCGCGCCCAAUCAGCAGUCGGUUGGAGGCACGGGGCCGAUGAUGGUGGUUGAUGCGAGGCACGCGAUUACCUGCGCUCCUGGCGGCGGGGUCGCGACGCGCAGCAAGGAAGUGGGGCACAGCGGCGGCGGAGGCGGCGGCGGCGGCGGUGAGCCGUGGUCGGUCGUCCCGCAGCAACCGGAGAAGGACCAGGCCCCGGUCCCACCCCGGCGUCUGACGCUGCCGGUCGCUACGGGCGUCUCCGAAGCGAAGGUCGAGAUCCAGCAGCAGCAGCAGCGGCAGCAAGAACAGCAAGGGCAGGAGCAAGACGUGAAGGCGUUGCAAGCGGACACGAUGGACCGGCUUGCGCAGUCUCUUGCUCAGGCCGAGCAGCUGGCGCUGAGCGUGGAGGCGCGGCAGUCGGAGUUGCUCGCGCGGCCGAAGAGGAGGUCUCACCCGUCGGCCAAGCAGGAGAGCGCCGCUCAGUCGCGCAAGGUUAGGCCGAAGAGUGUGCCGCAGGCGGGCAAGCUCCCGAAGCUAGAAGACCUGGGGAUCAAGGUGGAGCCUAUUGGCGACCCGGCAGCAGCAGCAGCAGCGGCCGUAGCAACGGCAGACAAGACGGCAGCGGUCACGGGCGUGGCCGUCCCAGCGGCAGCAGCACCGGCAGAGAGAGCGGCGUCGUCGGGGUUGCUCAUGCCGAAGCAACGCCUCCUUAUCAAGAUCCCGCGGGCCGCGGUUACGGCAGCGACGGCGCACGCGGCGGAGGUGGCAGCGGCGGCGAAGAAGGAGGACGGGGCGGCGGGAGGCGAGACGAGGUCAACCAAGAGGGGCAAGGGGAAGAGCGGCGUGAAGCGGGCGCGCCCGCUCGCCGCCUCGCGGGCGUCGCAGCCGCCCCCGCCGCCGCCGGCACCUACAAGUCGACAGGAGCUUCCCCCUGGCUGCGGGCCCCCUUCCCCGAGCCUGGCGGCAAUCUUCGGGCGGCAGGUGGACAAGGGGGAGCUGGAGACCGCCCACGACGGCACGGAGCACGUGCAGACGUCGCUGGCGUCGAGACGCGUCACCGCCUUGUCCGCGGCUGCCCCGAAGGAGCUUGCGUCUCACGUGCAGGCGUUGCGGCUAGACUACCUCGUGCAGAAGGUGCGGCCGAUCUUGACCAAGCUCAUGUCCUCCGGGACGGGGCCGCAGCGCGGGCUGUUCAACGUCCCGGUGGACCCGCUGAAGCUGGGCAUCCCGGACUACUUCAAGCGCGUCCCUCACCCGAUGGAUUUGGGCACGAUCAAGUCCCGGUUGCUGUCCAUGUCGUACACGACGCCGGAAGAGUUUGCGUCCGACGUGCGGUUGGUGUUCAAGAACGCGAUCGGCUUCAACCCGGAGACCCACUUCGUGCACACGUGGGCUGUGCAGCUGCUGAACGAGUUUGACCAAGAAUACUCGAAGCAGAUCGGGAAGCUGGACGAGGGGUGGGCGAAGUCUCUUAGCCACUCUUGCCAGCUCUGCCAGGGGCAGACGUGCACUCUGUGCGGGGACAAGUGUCUGAAGCUCGAACCGCCGGUGAUCAUCUGUCACCACUGCAACAAGCGGGUUGUCCGCGGAGGGGUGUAUCAUAUCACCCGCGACGGGUGCCGCCUGUGGUGUAGCCGGUGCCACCCAGGCCUCCCUCCAGAGCUGCCGACAGACGGCGACCCCGAGGGGAUCGUAGCAGAAGAGACGGCGGAGGGGGGGGGCAGCAGCGUUGCCAGCGCCGGCGGAGACGACUGCGGAGAGGGCGGCGGUGCCGCCGCGUCGGGCAGCAGCAGCACGGCGGCAGAAGGGGAGACGCCGCAGCCGCAGCCGUCAGUAGCGACACCGCCAACCACCGGCGAAGGCAGAGCGGCGGCCGCGGGUUCGGGAGUACUUUCGCCGGGUGGCGUUUCGUCACCGUCGCCGGUGCAGCCUCCUCCGCCAGCAACGGCACCGGCGGCACCGGCACCGGCGGUUUCUACGGCAGAACGACAACAGCCCGCGCGAACUCCUUCGCCGGCGUCCACCGCCGCUCCGGUCGAAGCAAUCGCGAAUGGUGGUGGUGGCGUGAACCACGGCAGCGGACAAAACGGGGGCGGGAGCGCAGCAACAGCAUGCGAGGGCGGUAGGAAGGCAUCGCCGGCAAGCGCCGCCAACGGUUCGCCACCAGCUGCACCAGCGGCAGCGCCGGGCAGGGCGGUGUCGGAGUCGGGGAGCGCUAACGGGGCAACGGGCGCGCCGCCUGCGGCGUCGGAGUCGGGGGGGAGUGUCGGCGGGGGGGGCGCGGCGGCGGCGGCGGCAGCAGCAGCGGUGGAGGAGGUGAAGGCGCCGCUGAAGCGUGACCUGCUGAGGAGAAAGUUCGACGAGGAGAUCAGCGAGCCCUGGGUGCAGUGCGACCGGUGCAACAGCUGGGUCCACCAGGUGUGCGCGCUCUUCAACGCCAGGGCGAACGUAGGAGAGGCGAGGUUCGUCUGCCCCCUCUGUAGGCUUCGCAACGUGGUCACCACCAAGAAGCCCGGCUCCCAAGCACCCGAGGCCGCCACCGAGGUAUGCUGGUACUCUUGUUCUUCCCGCUAG